AUGCACAGCAACCGUGACGACCAAACCGGCGGUAACCCGGCGCCGCCGGAAUCGACAAUCCCUCAGCGCCCUGGCUCCCCUACGAAUUCAGAAGGCGCCGGGCGCGACCCCUUUUCCGACGGCGUUGAAUCGCGCGCCUCGAAUCGCGAGAACGAGAAGAUUCCCGGCGGUGCUACAGCGAACCCCUUCUCCAGCCCAUCAGUAUCGCGUCCGGCCAGCAGUAUUGGGUCGGCGUCAGUUAUUGGAGGGCCCAGGUACGAUAAUGUGCCUAGGUACUUCCACUCCAGGAGAGUAAAGAAGGGAGAGGUUGAGAAGCCGUGGUUGAAGAAUAAGGAUCCUAAGGAGAAGUGGGUUACGAUUCUACCUAUUCUGGGCAUUUUCAUAGGGUUGGGUCUCUCGGGGUUGUUGGUGUGGGACGGUAUCAAGAGUGUCGUGCAUCACAAGUACUGUCUCGUGCUGGACGAGACGUUUCAGAAUGGGCUGGAUCCGGCGAUUUGGACGAAAGAGGUGCAGGUCAACGGGUUUGGCAACGGCGAAUUUGAAAUGACCACAGGCGGCGACCAAAACGUCUUCGUGCAAGACGGCAAGCUUAUCAUCCGCGCGAUGCCCCAAGACGACGCGCUCAUGCAGAAAGACUACAAGAUCGACCUACUCAAGGAUGGCACUUGCACGUCGACUAACCCCGCCAACUGCAUUGCCUGGACCAACACUACCGCUGGCAAUGCUACCAUCGUCCCUCCCGUCACCUCCGGCCGCAUCCACACACGCAAGGGCGCUAGCAUCAAGUACGGCCGCGUUGAGGUUACCGCCAAGCUGCCCAAAGGCGACUGGCUGUGGCCCGCCAUCUGGAUGAUGCCGGUCAAGGACACGUACGGUGCGUGGCCGCGCUCGGGCGAAAUUGAUAUCAUGGAGUCUCGCGGUAACAAUUACUCGCACCCGCAGGGCGGCAAUGAUAUCAUUUCCUCGACUCUGCAUUGGGGUCCUAACCCGGCCAAUGACGGCUGGUGGAGGACCAAUGUUAAGCGGCGGGCGCUGCACACAACGUAUUCGGAUAAGUUCCAUACCUUCGGGCUGGAGUGGUCGCAGAAGUACAUGUUCACGUAUGUGAACACUAGGCUGCUCCAGGUCAUGUAUGUUAACUUUGACGAGCCGAUGUGGCAGCGGGGCAACUUCCCCAACCAAGAUGCCAACGGUACUCGUUUGGAGGACAUCUGGGCCAAGACGGGGAGAUACAACACCCCGUUUGACCAGCCGUUUUACUUGAUUCUAAACGUGGCCGUGGGCGGCACCAACGGUUGGUUCCAGGAUGGUGCACAUGGCAAGCCGUGGUUAGAUGGUUCUCCGAAUGCUAGGAAGGACUUUUGGCUGGCGAAGGAUCGUUGGUUGCCUACUUGGACCAACCCGCAGAUGGAGAUUACCCGGGUUGUUAUGAUGCAGCAGUGUGAUGGAGAUGAGGAUCUUUAA